GCUGAACUUAAAUUUUUUGCCUCUUAAAUGGUCCCAGAUCGCAGCGGACCUUGCUGCCGGUGCUGUCACCUUUCUCAGUAGCCAAAGAUGACGUUGUCAUGCCUACUUCAGUUCUCUGUACAUGUUGUGUGGAACCACGGUAGCCAAAGAUGAUGUCGCCUUGCAUACCAGUACUUUAGUUUAUAUUUAUUCGGUGCGAGGUCAGUGGGCGGUUGCCGCUGUAGCUACAACGGUGGCCACUGCGAGGAUGCUUCUAAACAUACGGUGUUCGGAGGCAAGCAAGGAAUUUUUUACACGAGCUUUACGUCCAGAUUGUACAUCAGAUUCUACCACUACUAGUAGUCUAUCUUGAAGGCUCUUUCACCUCCAACACAUUUAUUUAUUUGUCCUCCUUGCAGGAACACAGGAAUCCAAACCUUUGCAACAAGCCAUCCGUGUGGUUUCUCUGUGAUUACUCUAAGAUACAAAGUCCUCUUUGUGAUGUCUCUUUGAUGGAAUGCUCACAUCUACCGUAACUAGUACUUCAACAGCCAUGUAACAAUUGAAGUCGAAGCUUUCUGCAAAAUUCCAUGCCUCGAACACUGUAUGGGCACGAGUUGGCAGAUUGAAGCCUCCGCUUUCCCCUCCAUCUGUGUACCGAUACAAGUACUCAAUUUCAGCGUUUUUACGCCACACAAAUACGGCGAAUAGUGAACCCGAAUCUAUUCUGUUUGCGACAGAGCCAGUCUCCCACGCACGCAGACUUUUUCUGUCUCCCCCAAGGAUUUCUGCCAACCAGGUCGGAGCCUAUUUGUUGUUGUCGUAGGAAGGUUUCCGUUCUAGCUAGCUAGCGCUAGAACCCUUGUGCUGGUGCAUAUGGUUGCAAAGAGGCAGCCACCCAUGUCUGUACGACUCCAGCACAAAAGAACGAAAUGGAAGCUGCACCAAUCGCGACAAGAGAGGCGGCCCCAGGCGUUCCAUGAGUUCUUGGACAGUCUGCGGGGGACGAAAGGCGUUCUUCUUGGGUGCCUUGUGUGGCAAAACGUACUUUUUGGUGCCAGUAGAUUGAGAUGGUGGGGCGGUAUUCCCAGAUUCGAAUUUGUGAAUCAAGUUAUCCUGUAGCAGAUACAUGCCGGACAGUGUGAUAAUUCCAGCCGAGUAGCUCCCAAUAGAUUGCAACGGGGGGGUAUCCAGAUCAUACCGAAAGACUUUUGGAUCUCCUUGAAACCGCCGGUACUCAAACGAGCCAACCUGGAGGGCAAUUCUCUGCCCAGAAUGCCAGAGAUAGUAACCACAUGCAAGAGCUGUGGGAGGCGCUAGAGUGACCGUAACACCGACACACAUCCUUUCUCAUCGCUUGCUCGGUCGACCGAGGACUCUUCAUCAGCUCAUCCAAGGCAAGGCUUCCAGGAGCAAGAAUGAGGAUGACGUCGUGCGCCAGCACCCACAAGAAACACCUAACCCUGUGAGCGUUAGCCGUGACUGAUCAGUCCCACAGAUUCGAAUCUUUGGCGACGAUCUCGUUGCGAUGGACGCAACAUGAUCACUCGUCAUCUCAUGAUCAUCAACAAAUCUGUGAUGAAUAUGUUGACGAUGGAGAACAAUCGAGAAGAAGAAGAAGACCAUGAUGACGAGCAGCCAACGAACAUUUGGCCGCAGAUGACUGCAGAAAGUCUUCAGGAGCCGCUUCUUUCUGAUUCGCCUUCUGUGUCUUCAGAGGACGACGGCCCCUCACAACGGGGAAUGAUCUUGUACUGCUCGCUAUUCUUCUUUCAUGGGAUAUCUGGCGUUACUUGGGGACGAUUUUCCAUUGUCUAUUAUAAUUCAAUACUUCAUCUCUCUGAGGAACAAAUUGGAGUCUUGCAGGGUGUCGUUCCCUUGAUUGCCUUGCUCAGUCAGCCCUUCUGGGGUAGCAUCAGUGAUUGCUUCCGGUCAAAGAAGAUGGUCUAUCUCGUUUGCAAAUUUGGCAGUGCACUCUUCCUCUUGGCGCUCUCCUUUCAGAAUCUGGUGCAAACCUUUCCCCAAAUUCUCUUUUGUGUGAUUGGUAUGGCCAUCUUUCGAUCCUCGGGGGUACUUGACAGCCACGCCCUUGACUUUCUCGGAGAACGACAUCGCGGGUACUAUGGGAACAUUCGCAUGUGGGCAUCCAUCAGCUGGGGACUUGGUUGCAUCCUGAUGGGAUAUAUCACGGACAAAUACAGCUUCGAAUGGAACUUUGUCAUCUUUGGGGUUAUGAUGACUUGCAUGUUGCUGUUGGCGGCAAUUGGAUUGCCCAGCAAGACCAAGGCAGAGCAAGCCCAAUACGAACAUGCGGUGACAGCAGCCAACGGGUUGCAGGAUGCUGGCAUUCCUCGACCCAAGCUAGCAACUCUUUACGAUGCCGUGUGUCGGCUACCUGUCAUCUACUGGCUAUUGCAAGGGGUUGUGCUUGGUGCUGGCGUAUCCCUGGUGGAUAGUUUUCUGUUUGUCUACUUGCAAAACGAUCUGCAUGCGUCCACAACACUUUGUGGUUGGACUGUAGGUGUUACGGUUCUUUUGGAGCUUCCAAUCUUCUUCUAUUCACAGAGUCUACUCAAGAAUCUGGGACACGAUCGGCUUUUUGUCUUGGCCAUGGCAGGGUACCUUCUGCGUGUCUUUGGAUACACCUUACUCAAGCCCCGGACGGUGCAUUACAUUUUCGCCAUGGAAAUCUUGCAUGGUGUGACUGUGGGUUGCAUGUGGAUUGCCAGCGUCGAUUUUGCAGCAGCCAUUGCACCGAUUGAAUGGUCCACGACAGUGCAGACAAUGUUGUCCACGGCAAUAUUUUGUGUUGGUGGAGGAUUGGGCCCCAUGGUGGGUGGAUGGGUCAUGGAGCAACACGGCGCUGUUGCAAUGUACAGGGGGGCUGGAGUCGUUGUUGGAGUGGCCAUGUUAGGUCAUCUUGCCUUGUGGGGUCUUUAUGGAGAAGGACCGCAUGGUAGACACCUGAAAAGGGUACGAGAGGAGAGACACCAGACACGGGCUGAAAUGGACGCAACUCGGGAGAGCCCAGAGGGAGGAUCCGAUUGUGGCGAAGUGGAAUAAGGUGCAAUCAAUGGGUGCAGAUGCCGUGAACAGUCAUAAGAGGUGGAUUUCACACAAGCUGUGGUAAAGUGCCCGGGGCUCUGCUGGUGGAUCCUAGCUACCCGGUAGUUCCUGGACCGACAUCAGGACCCAAAGCAGAGCACCUGUCUCCUGGACCACAACCUUGAAGUAAUUUUUGAAUGCAGAUCUCCUGCCCACUCCCCCGGACCGACACCAUGGUCAUAUGCCCUCGCCACACCACUUCGGCACUGACGAUGGUUACCGGUAUGGACACAACCUUUUAACCCUUGGCCCUUGGAUUCAUCGCUAUCAUCAUGAUGGCAACAUUCGUCCUACAGUAUUUCAGUCUAGAAACUACUUGUAGUAUCAUACGAUUUUGGUAUCUAGCUAUCAACUCCAGUACCGGUAGCUAGCUGCAUGUAUACCGGU